AUGGCGCACCGUCACUUGAUAAGUGUUGCCCAAUGUGCGCACUGCUUUGUGGCGCGCAUGCUUUUCUAUGGAAAUAUACUUAAUUUUAUUCCAGACAAGACAGUAACUAUGGCUGACGCUGCUGGUCGUGUGUUCAUCGCCGGGUCUUCAAUACAGAGUCUUGUUGAUGGGGUCAGCAGCCUAACAAGACUCGUUCAAUCGUUAGUUGAGCCUCGAACUAGCGGUGUACAACAACCUGCUGUACAGCAUGCCAUUGCGAGUCCACUGGUACAAGUUCAACAGUCUGAUGAUAGGCAGCGGGCCAGCAGUGAAUCACCUCUGCCACGGAGAGUUCUAUCCCUACCCUCAGUGUUUCGUGGCAGAACAAGGCCUCAAAAUACCUUCACCAAGCGAAGAACUGUAGCUGGAAGGGCCCGGGUGGUGAUUAGAGACGUCCUAUGUAUGCCAUUUAGUACACCUCAGCAAGAGGAUAAUUCUUGGAAAGCACCAAGAGGUCAGGACAAGGGGAAAUUGGCUUCUGUCGGGCUGACAGGCAAACUUAAUCUGGACUCUACAUGGAAUUCUCCGGAGGUGCAACAUGAAAUUCGAUCAAUCUUCCAAACAACGUUCUGCGCAGAUGGAGAAGAGUUUGUUUUUUCAUUUUUACAGUGUUUGCCAGGUGGAAGGAAACUGAUCAAACCCAACACCUCUGUCAGUUUUUCUUGGAAUGGUGCCGAAGUGAUUAGUCUUGCAGGACAAGGAGCUCUGGACAUUCUUAGUCACCACAACCUGCCAGAAAGUGAGGAACAUGAAUCACCAAGUAAGGAGACUCUGUCUUUCCUCAGUUCUACCAAUUCAUUGACCCAUCAAAUAAAUCUUGAAAAUGAUGUUCAGCAGCUAAAACGGAAUGUACUGCAUCAUAGAACUCCAGUAGUCAGUGCUGAAAGUUUAUUUAAUAGCAUAGUCACGGAGCAUGAUGAUGUAAACAUUUUUGAAGAUGUUCCCCCACGGUCAACUGGCUCAGAGGUGACUACUAGAACAUUAGCUCACAGUGUAGACAGAUUGACCAUGGUGGAUCCCAUGAUUUGA